CUUUAUCCUAAAUGAAAUAUGAAGAAUCAAACUAUUUCUUACUUUUUGCUGCAGGAAUUCUCAAAAAAUCACCAUAUACAGCUUUUACAAUUUUUCUUGUUCUUUACAUUGUAUCUGGCAACUGUAGCAACAAAUCUUCUCAUUAUCUCUGCAAUAGCUUUUGAUCAUCAACUGCACAGUCCCAUGUACUUCUUUCUUAUGAAUUUGGCUCUGCAGGACCUGGGCAUUGUUUCAGUCACUGUCCCCAAAUCCAUGAUAAAUUUUCUGAUGGACAACAGAUGCAUCUCUUACUUUGGUUGUGUUGCUCAAAUAUUUCUCUUAAUAUUUUUUAUAGCGUCUGAUUUAUUUAUUCUCACAGUCAUGGCAUAUGAUCGGUAUGUUGCUAUUUGCAAUCCACUGCACUAUGAGAUGGUGAUGAAUUUGAAAGCUUGCACCAGAAUGAUACUUCUAGUGUGGAUUAUAAGUCUUCUCUAUGGAAUAAUGCAUAGCAGUGGAACCUUUUCAACGCUUUUUUGUUCUAAUGUUGUCAACCAAUUUUUCUGUGAAAUUCCACAAUUACUAAAACUAUCCUGUUUUGGUUUCAAUAUAUUUGAACUUGGAAUUAUAAUGGCCAGUAUCAUUAUUGGAAUAGGUUGUUUUACUUUCAUUAUUAUAUCUUAUGCUAUGAUCUUCAAGGCAGUGUUAAGAAUCCCUUCUGAACAAGGUAGGCAAAAAACCUUAUCCACUUGUCUUCCCCAUCUUAUUGUAGUAUCUAUGUUAGUAUUAAGUGCAGGCAUUGCUUACGUGAAACCUCCCUCUAACACUCCAACUUACUUAGAUUUGGGGUUGACUGUUCUGUAUUCUCUUCUUCCACCUCUCUUCAAUCCAAUCAUUUAUAGCAUGAGAAAUAAGAAUAUCAAAUAUGCCUUGUCUAAACUAUGGAAAUUCUGA